AUGGUUGACGUCUUUACUCGUUUUUGCGUUUUACGCCCUAUUCGCUUUAAAUCAGCCAUUGACAUUGUUAAAGAGCUUUCUUCGGUCUUCAGCCUUUUCGGUUAUCCAAAGAUCAUACAAAGCGACAACGGUAGCGAGUUCAAACACAACUUUGUUCACCUUCUUUCCAAGCACACUGGCAUGGAUCAUCGCCUUGUUACACCAUAUCAUCCUCGAGCCAACGGCUUAGCUGAACGUAUGGUUGAAACGGUUAAGACGGCACUCUUCAAACGCUUAGAGGGCAGACCUGAAACGUGGGAUUUAUACCUUGAUAGUACCAUGUACGCAAUCAAUACCAAACACCACUCUGAUCUCAAGACUCGUCCCUUCGCUUUGAUGUUUGCUCGUCAACCGAAUGCAAUGCGUGAUUAUUCCCAAGCCAAAUCAGCCAGUCCUGCCGAAGUCACGAAGUCCAUCAUGAAACGUAUGAAGGAAAUGGAAGAUAUCGUUAUCCCUGGUAUCCACGAAGGUCGUAAAGCUCGCAAUGAAGUCACCAAAACACGCUACAACAAGACGCAUCGCAUGCACAAAGACAUUGCUAUUGGUAGCCAAGUCAUGAUUGUCAACGUCAAUCGUAGCUCCAAGACCGAUCCAAUUUAUGACGGACCGUACAUCGUGCAUUUCAGGACACCCAAAGGCAACUAUGUUUUACGUGACAAGAUGGGCAAGCUCCUACAGCGUAACAUUCCUCCGCAUCAAGUUAAACGUGUCUCAGAUGAUCCUAAAGCGGAUGGUGACACCUUUUAUGAAUUCGAAGCUAUUGUCGAUCACCGUUUGCAUGCACAACACGGCUAUCCAGAAUAUCGUGUGCAUUGGCGAGGCUACAGCGAUGAGGACGACACAUGGGAACCAGCUGAAAACUUUAGCGAUAUCUCAGCUAUCAACGCCUAUAUCAAACGUCGUUUUCCAAAUGGUAUUCCAUCAGAUGACCCAUUUUACGCUGCCGCACCAAACAAUGACGGUGCACGAGCCACCAAACGCAGACGCACCGACACAUCACGACGCACUUAA